ACGAGUUACCCUGUGCCAUGAGACUCGCUGGUUUAAUUAAACCACUGCGGCUGUUGCGCGUAAAUAAAACCCGAUGCCUGCUUUCGGAACAACAUUAUGCAACUAAAGCUGAACAAGAGGAAUAUGCGUUCAAUACCAAAGAGUAUUUAGAUUUUAAGAAACAACUGCGACAGCUAAACGUUUACAAUCGAGAUGGACACACGUGCCUGCAAGUCGAUUGCCGGCUAUGCGAACGUUUGCCGGCUGCUGCAAGAGCAACAGCAACGGCGUCCCGCUCACAGGGUCCAUUGGCUUAUGUAAACAAAAGAACUGGCGCUUUCAUUUGCCCAAACUGUGAUGUAAAAGUUUCGCUUACGCAUGCCUUGGAGGCUUAUCAGACAGUACCACCCUCUGGCUUUCGGCGCCUGCCCGAAAAAUCGUUGGAAUAUGCUACGCGCUUUCCGAAUCUGAUAAGCGUCACAGCCGAGGCUUGCGAAGCGCUUGGCCUGAAGGGCCUAAAGGAGACGCAGCUGAAUGCCAUUGGAGCGCAAUUUGAGCCCGAGCAAAAGCUGCUGCACUUCAGGUUACGCAAUGCGUCGCAUAAGAUAGUCGGCGAGAAGGUUCUUCAUCUAGGCGAUCGUAGCGAACAGACGUUUCAGUGCAGCUCCAGUUCGGGUCUGCUAAUCCACGGCAGCGGAAAUAAGACUAAAGCCGUGCUCGUUAGCAAUCUUCUGGACUUUAUUGUGCUGGCCACGCAGAACAUUGAAACUCACUGCAUUAUCUGCUUGCCGUAUGCCAUGCAGCAGUUGCCGCAGGAGUGCUUGCCGGGGCUGGAGCGCUUUAAGGAGCUGGUCUUUUGGCUGCACUAUGAUGCCACGCCCAGUUGGGAUGCGGCGAGCGCUUUUGCCCAAAAGAUGGAUGAGAAACGUUGCCUCUUAAUACGACCCACGGAAACCGAGCCAGCGCCGCACGUGGCUCUGAAAAAGCGCCUCAACAUUCGUCACAUAUUGGCCAAGGCGACGCCGGUGCGGCACAAGGCGAUCACCACAUUCAAUGCCCUGCGCAACGACAUUCUCAGUGAGCUGCAGAACAUCGAGAAGGUGAAUGGCGUUAAGUGGAAACGCUUUCCGGUGCUCAACAAGCUGCUCAAGGGACAUCGCAAGGGUGAGCUCACCAUAUUGACUGGGCCGACAGGCAGCGGCAAGACGACGUUUACCAGCGAAUAUUCGUUGGAUCUGGCCAUGCAGGGCGUAAGCACACUUUGGGGCUCCUUCGAGAUACGCAACACACGUCUCGCCGCAACAUUGUUGCGUCAAUUUGUGGGCUAUCCUCUGGAUGAUAAGCUACAGGAGUUUGAUCAUUGGGCCACAGAGUUUGAGCGUUUGCCGCUCUACUUUAUGACCUUUCAUGGGCAGCAGCCGCUCAAGCCAGUGCUGGAGGCGAUUGAGCAUGCCCAGUACGUGCACGAUAUUUCUCACGUGAUCAUUGAUAAUUUACAGUUUAUGAUGGGCGUUUCGUCGUAUCGCGGCGACAAGUUUUGGGAACAGGAUUCCAUUAUAGCGGCGUUUCGUGGCUUUGCCACUAAACAUAAUGUGCACGUCACGCUGGUCAUGCAUCCACGCAAAGAACGACAGGAGGAUGAGCUGACAACGAGCUCGGUCUUCGGCACCGCAAAGGCCACCCAGGAGGCGGACAAUGUCCUAAUCAUACAGGACAAGCGACUGACCGCAGUGCGAGGCAAAAAGUAUCUGCAAGUGGCCAAAAAUCGCUACAGUGGCGAUCUGGGCAUAAUGCCAAUGGAAUUCGACAAGGAUGCGCUAAGCUACUCCAGUUCAGUGCAGAGCGCCAAGCGACGACGGGAACGCGAAAAGACAUCACCAACCGAAAGUUGACCUCAGAUUAUUUACAUAAAAUGUAUUCAAGAAAGGAAAUCGUCUUCAUGUCGCGCUCUGCUUGUAGUUUUUCGUAUUUAAAAUUUUCUU